GUCAUUGAUGAGUUAUUGAUGAUGUUAUGAUGUUAUUGAUGAGUCAUUGAUGAUGUGAUUUAGAUAUUGGUGAGGUACGUAUGUGCCCCUGCACCAGCCGUGCAUGCAGCCUGUUGCUAUCGCUCCUGCUCGUUUUCCUACUUUUAAACUAUUUAAAGGCAAUUUCCCCUCUGGGAUCAAUGAAGUAUUUCUGAUUCUGAUUCUGAAUGAAUUAUUGGUGAGUUAUUGAUGAUGUGAUCUCUCCCCUCAGCGCGUCGGUCCGAAGAUGUUGGAUCACGAGGGGAAGGAGGUUCCGGGGAAUCGAGGGUAUAAAUACUUCGGAGCAGCCAGAGAUCUUCCAGGGGUCAGAGAGCUGUUUGAGAAGGAGCCUGCCCCGGCGCUGAGGAAGACGAGGGCGGAGCUGAUGAAGGAGGUAGACGCAGAGUAUUACGGCUACAGAGACGAAGACGACGGCGUGCUGCUGCCUCUGGAGACGCAGUACGAGAAACAAGCAGUGUUAGAGGCGGUGCAGAGGUGGAGGACAGAGAAGGAGUCUCUUCUGUCCGGAGACAAACAGGAGGACGAGGAGGACGAGGACAUCUACACUGUUCACCCCGAGGAGGUGACCUGUCCCCUUAACACUCACCUGACUGCCUCUCACCU